CUCAAAAGCUGCUUCAUAGGAGGAGGAGAGAGAGCUAAGAAGGCACUUCAAUGGAGGAUUCAGAUCGCACUUCAAUCGAGGGGAGAGAUGGAGCGUACCGUCGAAGAGGAAAAAAGCAACUCAAACGUGAAGAAAAUGAAGGACAGAAAGGAGAAAAAGGACAAAACCGAGGGUAAUUCCGGAAGGACACUGUCCUACUGUUCAUAAAAAAAACUGAAGUAACUGUAAAAUAACUCCCACUUCCUUCCCCUACAAAACCCACUCUUCCCCCCACUUCCAGCCUUUUUCCACUCUUCUCUUCAUACACCCCCUCUCUCUUUUUUUUCACCUUCCAUGGAUAACACUCCUCCUCCUCCACCACCACCCUUGCCACUACCGCCUCCGACACCGAUACCGAUACCUCUUUCAUUGUCUCCUCCUACUCCAACUUCCUACGUCCACAAUCACAAAGAUUUACUCUUACCUUUUCCUCCUCCCACCACACCGAUCUCCUCCUCCCCAACCGCCUCCUUACGUAAGAAACGCCACUCUAAACUCCUCCGCAUUGACACUUCCACCAGCACAACACCGGCCAACAAAAAACCUGAGAUCACACCACCAUGCACGGAGUGUGGGAAAACCUUUUGGUCCUGGAAGGCUCUUUUCGGUCAUAUGCGAUGCCACCCCGAACGUGAGUGGCGUGGCAUUAACCCUCCGCCUCAUCUUCGACGUCGUUCUCUUCCUCCCACUCCUACUACAACCACUGAUGACCAUGAGGUCGCUGCUAGCCUUCUCUUACUCGCUGCUGGUCCUGUCUCCCCUGACGUGGCAUUAGCCUCUCCGCCCAGGUUUGAGUGCUCGAGUUGUAAGAAGACAUUUGGGUCUCACCAAGCGCUCGGCGGUCACCGUGCUAGCCAUAAGAAUGUCAAGGGAUGCUUUGCCAUUACCAAGAGUGCAACUGACGUUGAGGAUGAUCAAUGUAUGAUCAUGCAAAGUGGUUCAAGUCAUGAGGAGGCAAUUGGGCUGGGCCUUUCUUUGGGCUUGGGCCUUGGAGUGGGCCACAAGUGUGGUGUUUGUUUGAAGGUGUUUCCUACUGGACAGGCCUUGGGUGGGCACAUGAGGUCCCACUGGGAGAAGAGUGAGGAGCCGGCAUUGCGAUCGUUGUUUGGGCUUCCACUUGGGUCAGAUUCAAGGCCCAAUAAGGCCCAAUGUGGUGUUGAUCUUAACCUACCGCCCCAACUUCUAGAGGAUGGUUCUUCUUCUACUACUAUUGAUUCUUCCAAUAACAUGCAAUUAGAGCUGAAGUUAGGAAUAUAAGGUAUACAAUUGGUUAGGUUAUUUAAAAUUGUUGUAAUACUAAUUAAUUGAUGAUUUAUCACAUAUUUAAGUGUUAAAGACUAACUAUUUAUAGUGUGUGGUGUGGGUUUCAUGAAAACAUAUGUAUGCUCAUUGUUUUAGGUGUGGGUUCAUGUAAUAUCUCAUUUAACACAACGCUUCAUUCAUCAUAAUAUUAUUACUUACUCUUAUUACUACUCGUAUAAUUGUAACCUUUCUCUGUUAUAAGGUUGCUGUUUCCUAUGGCG